AUGAAGCAAAAAAAUGGAAACCAAUAUUCUGCAAGUUCUGUACGUUGUGCAAUUGCUGCUAUACAUCAUCAUAUCAUGAAAAAUUCUACAAUAUCCGGCAUAAACAUUCAUGAUCAAGCAACCUUUCCAGCCUUUUGGGAAGUCACCAAUGGAAAGCUAAAAUUUUUUUCUGACUUGGGACUAAAUGAUGCAAAAGAAUUUCAAGAAAUUACAACCAAUUUAAACAUUUCAAAUGAAACCUCAGAAUUUGAUAAUAACAUUUACCCUCGCUAUAGUGAAGCUCAUGGGCUGAAGGAAGUCGAAAGGAGAUAA